AUGGAUGUUUCGUCCACGGGCAAUGAUAUACCUAAGGUACUCAUUUUGGGCCAUUCAUUUGUGCGUAGACUUCGCAGUGAUCUACAUGCACGUUUCGACGAGCGAGCAGCCAAAAAUUUUGACCUGCAGGGAACGGCCGAGAUAUUUAUGCAUGGCGUGGGAGGUCGAACAGUCCCAAAACUAAGAAAGAUGGAUAUGGGGGUAAUCACUAGAAUAUCCCCUGAUAUAGUCAUUCUCGAUAUCGGGACGAACGACUUAGCUCUUGCCCCACCUGAGGUAGUGGGUUCUGACAUCGAGGAACUUGUUCGCUCGUUGGUCGCGGAGUACUCCGUGCGCGCCGUGGUUUUGUGCCAAGUCACUCCACGUGCGACAAACAAGGGCUCUAAUUUUAAUGAGAGAGCCAAGCUUUUGAAUCAGUACACCCGG